GGUCAGAUAGCGAGUACUUCCGGUGAGCUAACGGAGUGAAGUGUUGCCUUUGGAGUGUCUUUACUUAGCGGACUCGUUUCCAUAUGACUACUUCCUGAUACAGUUUGUCGCGGGUCAUGAUCAGAUCAGUGCUGCUGUGCAGGUUGACCCCCCUCGUCCAGUCCUGUACCAGAGGAUCAUGUCUCCUCGCAGGUCGGACACCUCGUGGUGUGCAGCUUCCUUCACCUGGUCACCCACCCCUCACACCUACAAUCCCAGCUCUGGUCAGGUACUCGGACCUGUCCACACAGAAGUACACUUUGAUUUACUCCCUGCCGUACAUUAAACAUCUGCGAGCCGUGUCCAGGCUCAAGCUGCUCCAAACUGCAGUCACUGUGGUCCUCGUGCCCCCAGUGUGCUACUUCUACGUCCAGGGAGAUGUGCCCUUCUUCCUCGUCAGCUACACAGCGGGGAUAGCGCUGCUUGCUGGUGCCAUGCUGUACACCGUCAGUCACUUUUUCAGGAGGGUUGUGGGGAUGAUGUACCUGGACCCGUCCCAGACCACACUCAAAGUGUCCCACCUCACGUUCUGGGGCCGGCGCAAUGACCUCUACCUCCCCGUGUCAGAUGUUAUGACCAUUGGGGACACGGGGGACUCAGUGAAAGAGACAAUAUUGAAACUAAAGAGAUACAGCAGUCCACAAACAUUGUAUUUCUCCACUCACUAUGGACGUGUGGUCGAUCAAUCGGGUUUCGAGAAGGUGUUUGGAAAUCUAUAGUGAUGCAGAAUUUGCAUGAAGUAUGAUAGUGAAUAUUUGUGAAUUAAUCAAUGGACUUACAUACAACAGUGUGAAAAUGAAAGGGGUCUGGUAACAAAUGUUUUAUUUAAUUAAAAUUGUGCGUAACGAUGCGCGUUUAUAGGUUUCAGCUCUACUUUGGUCUUUUGAAUAGAACAAUAUGAGUGUUGGCCAUAAGUUAGGGAUAUUAAGAUCAUAAUUGCUUAGAAACCACUGACCGGGGGCGCCCUUAGCUCGGUUGGUAGGGCG